UGGAGUGGGCGGCUCGAGUUCAUCCUGGCGUCCGUGGGCUACGCCGUGGGACUGGGCAACGUGUGGAGGUUCCCCUACUUGUGCUACCGCAGCGGUGGAGGUGCCUUCAUGGUCCCGUAUCUCACAAUGGUGCUGCUGUGCGGCAUUCCUCUGCUCUUCAUGGAGUUUGCUAUUGGCCAAUACACUCGUUUAGGGCCAGUGCAUGCUUUCGCCAAAAUCUGUCCCUUGUUAAAAGGUGUCGGUCUGGCCACAGUUGUUAUCUCCUUCAUGUUCUGCACGUACCACAAUGUGCUCAUGAGCUGGGCACUUUAUUAUUUAUUCAACUCGUUCCAAGCGACCCUCCCCUGGACGUCUUGCAACAACACUUGGAAUGACGUCGGAAACUGUUCCAGUGGUUUCCCCGGCAACGCCACCCACCUGCAGUCAGCCAGCCAGCAGUUCUUCGAUCACAGACUUCUGGAGAAGACCAGUGGCAUUGAAGAUGCUGGUGGCAUUCGCUGGGAGCUCUUUGGCUAUCUGUUGUUGGCCUGGGUCAUCGUUUAUUUAUGCAUAUUUAAAGGAGUCAAAUCCACGGGCAAGGUUGUGUAUUUCACGGCUAUAUUUCCAUACUUCAUCCUAGUCGCCCUGCUCGUCAAUAAUGUGCAGCUUCCUGGAGCCAAGAAUGGUAUCCUCUACUUUGUGACCCCAGUCUGGAGCAAACUGUUUGAGGUGAAGGUUUGGGUCAAUGCCGCGGCUCAGGUGUUCAACUCAAUUGGAAUUGCGUUCGGUUCCAUGAUUUCGAUGGCAAGUUACAACAAGUUCAACAACAACAUUCUCAGGGAUGCAUUGAUUGUGUCAUUAACCAACUCAUUCACUAGCAUGCUGGCUGGCUUUGUGAUUUUCUCAGCUGUUGGCUACAUGGCUCACAUACACAACCUCCCAGUGGACAACAUAGCAACAGAUGGUCCUGGUUUGGUGUUUGUUGUGUACCCUGAAGUCCUCUCCACCAUGCCCGUCUUUCAACUGUGGGCUCCACUGUUCUUCUUCAUGCUGCUGUGCCUGGGUCUGGACAGUCAGUUUGCCACGGUUGAGGUAGCUGUGACGUUCAUAAAGGACGAGUUUGGCCCGAAACUCCUGCGUUUUCUAAAGAGGGAAGAGCUGCUAGUGUUGACUGUGUGUUUUCUCUGCUUUGUAUUGGGGAUUCCACACAUUUGUAAGGGAGGCAUCUAUGUGUUUCAGCUGAUGGACCACUACACGGCUGUGGUUUCCCUCGUGUUCCUGGCUUUCUUUGAAGUCGUGGCUGUUUGCUGGAUCUUUGGUGUCCCACGGAUCUCCUUAAUGGUCAAGAGGAUGCUUGGAAAAACCCCGAGCAUCUACUUUCGUGCCUGCUGGCUCCUGCUCUGUCCUCUGUUGGUGCUGUGCAUACUGAUCUCCAGCGUUGUUCAAUUCACUCCUGCUCACUAUGGCAAGUACACGUACCCAGGGUGGGCUGAAGGGUUGGGCUGGGGCGUCUCACUGGUCUCCAUAGUGUGGAUCCCACUUGGUGCUAUUCAGGAGGUCUUUAAUAACAAAGGAUCACUUCUUCAGAGACUUACGACAGCCAUGACACCAACAAUAGACCUGGAUGCUGUGGAUUUCCUGCCGGAAAAACAAAACCUUGAAAACCCAGCAUCAGAAAGACUGUUCACUUCAGCGGCAUGACCAGAAACACAAAAUCAUAUCUGUGCUCAUACAUACUAAGCCCAGCAACAACACACUGAAAUACACACUGUCCCCAUGCGUCUGUCUUAAUCACGACUUUAUCCAAAGAUGCACUUCAUCCCAACAUUUGUAUAUUUGUAGUUCUUUAUAAACUCAAGCCAGUUAA